UGCCCUUGGAGGGGCAGGUGAUAGCUUGAUUGAGGAGGAGUAUACCGCUGCCCCAGGUUUGCCCCGCCCGGAGCCGUGCCCAUGGAGGAGACGGCAGAUUCGCUCGCUGCAUCCUCCUAUCGCCGCGCGCGGAAGCAACCUUCCCCUGCCGCGAUGCAGGAUCGCCAGGUGUUCGACCUAAUGCCACGGCGUCCACGGCCGGGACACCCAGCCCUCAUUUUUAUAUCUCCAAGUCCCAAGAGGGAGAGCGCUGCUUGUUUAUACGGAAAAGAAAUUGUAGCGCGCUCAUAAGCAGCAUCACCGAGCUUCGACCCUAGUGUCGCCUUAAGUUGUAGCUGUACCGAUGUGCAUCAGUUGGACUCUGCAGAAGUGGAAUUGUGCGCUAACUUAUUGGCGUCUCCUUCAAGUGGAGAACACAAACAGCUCCAUAUCAAAGAUGAGCUUCAGGUCUAUUGAGCAGUUACUUAGGAGGAACAGCAAGACCAAAAUUUCUCAGAGUAUUGCCACUGGGAUUCAUGACCAGAAAGAAGAGAAAUCUGUGCAAUCCUUGAGGGAGUCACUUCUUGCAAGCAACCAGCUCCCAGAGAAAUUUGAUGACUACCAUGUCUUACUACGCUUUUUGAGAAUGAGAGGAUUUGAUGUGUUAAAGGCAAAAGCAACUUUCUUGAAUAUGCUAAAAUGGCGUGAAGAUUUUGCUGUCGAUGCCAUUGCAAAGGAUUUUAAAGUUGAGGAGUAUGAUGCAUUAAAACGAUGCUAUCCUCAUGGAUUUCAUGGAGUUGACAAAUUUGGAAGGCCGUUAUACAUUGAAAGGAUUGGCCUGGUGGAUCUCAAUAAGCUCAUGCAAGUGAUGAGUAUUGAUCGAUAUGUAAAAUAUCAUAUAUCAGAACAAGAGAAAACUAUAUCGUUGAGAUAUCCUGCUUGCUCUCUUGCCGCAAAGAAGCACAUAUCCUCGACAACGGCAAUAUUAGACGUGAAAGGAUUGGGCAUGAACAACUUUUCAAAAGCUGCACGGGAGAUGUUCAUAGAAAUUCAGAAGAUCGACAGCAAUUACUAUCCAGAGACAUUAAACCAACUUUACAUAAUCAAUGCUGGUUCUGGAUUUAGAGCACUGUGGAAAGUUCUUAAAGCAUUUAUGGAGGCAAGGACUUUAGCAAAGAUUCAGGUUUUGGGGACCAAUUACCUUAGCACAAUACUACAAACUAUUGAGCCAAGCAAUUUACCCGAUUUUUUGGGUGGGACAUGUACUUGUUCUGCAACUGGAGGGUGCUUGCUCCAAGAUAAAGGGCCUUGGACUGACACAAGAAUUAUUCAUGCUUCUGAGGAGCCUUCAGCAAGACAUGUGGAUCCAACUUCUGGUAAGAAGCGUACUCUUGGAAUGCUGUUAGAGGAUAACAAGGUUCGUGAUGAGAUGAGUGAAAAUAUUCAGCAGAAUCCAGUCAAUGAGCAGAUAUUCGGGAAGAUACAGGAACUUGAAGAUUGUGCUGUUCAGACGAAGGAGGUCCUAGAGACGCUAAUAUGUAAGCAGAAAGAACUUGCAAUUCACAUUUUACAGCUGAGGAAACUCCUAGGGGAUGAGGCCCAUGCAGAGAAGAAACAAGAGUAAAAUACACCACUAGUCCAUGAACUUGGCAAAAAUGAACAUUUUAGUUCACGAACUCGAAAAAUGCACACUUAAAUCCCUAAAUUGGGACUAUUGUGUCACUUUAGUCCAAAAAUGGUUCAUUGAGGCUUAAAUAUGCCACGUGGCCGCCACGUCGGCUUCGUCCAGGACCGCGGACUGCUACUCAAUUUUCUCAGGAUUUUUUUUUUGCAAAAUCACCAUGCCCGAGCCGCUCGGGAGGGGCAAGGCGGCCCCGCCCAGAUGGGGAUCUUGGGGCCCUGAGAAUCACGCCGUUGCAGCCGCGGCCUCACCUAAGGUUGUUAUCAAGCCCGCAAUGCUCAAUUUUGACGAGAGGACGCCAUUGAAGGGGUCGCCGAAGCCGACUUGGUGUCCACGUGGCAUGAUUAAGCCUCGUCGAACCCUUUUUGGACUAAAGUGACACGGUAGUCCCAGUUUAGGGGUUUAAGUGUGUGUUUUAUGAGUUCGUGGACUAAAGUGUUCAUUUUUGCCGAGUUCGUGGACUAAUGCCGUAUUUUACUCAAGAAACAAAGUAUCCAAACCGAACAAAGUAUCCAAACCUUGGAGUGAAAAGGGAAAAAAUGACCUCACUGUAUUUUAGUAACCUCCCAUGCAUGCAGGAACCUAUCAGCUGCCCUGUAGGAACCUUACCAGGCAUGUAGCAAAUUCCUUAGCUCAUCCUGUUAAAUAUGAAAUUCAGUGUUUUUCUACCCACAAAAAAGAAAAUAAAAGAAUAAGUGUUUUUCUUGCAUAUAUGAUGACUACUGAUGUACCACGCCCUUAAAAGAAAAGAGCUGUAAUUUACCCUUCUCUAGUUAUCAUGAACAAAUUCCCAUAUUGAAUUUACCUUCUGUGUUACUUCUGGCAAA